GCGUUUACAGGCAAGGACAAGUGCCUCAGCGGGUUCCGCACUGCGUUUCCGCUUCACGCGGAGGACCGCUGUCAUGCCGGCCUCCAUAGCAGCUAUCGUGGAGCACCAUGGGAAUGCGCGGGGUGCGACGGAAGAGCUUUCCAGUUCUGCUUCCGGGCCCCACCCACGGCCCGCUCAGCGGGCCUAGGGAAGUCCCGCCUUUGAACGCCUGCCGCGGCAAGAUGGCGGUGGCGGCGGAAAGAUUUCUGACGAUCAGACCUGUCUACAAGCAGCUGGCAAGGCUGCCUUUCUAUGCUAAAACUGAGGAGCUAAUUGGCACCAUGAAAGUCUUCUGUGGGCGGGCCAACCCAACCACGGGAUCUGUGGAGUGGCUGGAGGAGGAUGAGCAUUAUGAUUACCACCAGGAGAUCGCAAGGUCAUCCUAUGCUGAUAUGCUGCAUGACAAAGACAGGAAUAUGAAAUAUUACCAAGGUAUCCGGGCUGCUGUGAGCAGGGUGAAGGACAAAGGACAGACGGCCUUGGUUCUUGACAUUGGCACUGGCACAGGACUCUUGUCAAUGAUGGCUGUCACGGCUGGUGCUGACUUCUGCUAUGCCAUUGAGGUUUUCAAACCUAUGGCUGAUGCUGCUGUAAAGAUUGUGGAGAAAAAUGGCUUCAGUGAUAAGAUUAAGAUUAUCAACAAGCAUUCCACUGAGGUGACCAUAGGGCCAGAUGGUGACAUGCCAUGCCGUGCCAACAUCCUGAUCACGGAGCUGUUUGACACGGAACUGAUUGGGGAGGGAGCACUGCCCUCCUAUGAACACGCACACAGGCAUCUCGUGCAGAAAAAUUGUGAGGCAGUGCCUCACAGAGCAACCAUCUACGCACAGCUGGUGGAGUCCAGGAGGAUGUGGUCAUGGAACAAGCUGUUUCCCAUCCGUGUUCAGACCAGCCUUGGAGAGCAAGUCAUUGUCCCCCCCUUGGAACUGGAGAGGUGUCCUGGCGCGCCCUCUGUCUAUGACAUUCAGCUGAACCAGGUGUCUCCCACUGACUUCACUGUCCUCAGCAACGUGCUGCCUAUGUUCAGUGUGGACUUCAGCAAGCAAGUCAGUAGCUCAACAGCCUCCCAUAGCAGGCAGUUUGAACCUCUGGCAUCUGGCCAAGCUCAGGUGGUUCUCUCCUGGUGGGAUAUUGAAAUGGACCCUGAGGGGAAGAUCAAGUGCACCACGGCCCCCUUCUGGGCACACUCGGAUCCAGAGGAACUCCAGUGGCGGGACCACUGGAUGCAGUGUGUGUACUUCCUGCCAGAAGAGGAGCCUGUUGUCCAGGGCUCAGCCCUCUGCCUGGUAGCCCACCACGACGACUACUGUGUGUGGUACAGCCUCCAGAGGACCAGCCCCGAAAAGGAUGGGAGAGCCCACCCAGCACGCCCUGUGUGUGACUGCCAGGCUCACCUGCUCUGGAACCGGCCUCGGUUUGGAGAGAUCAAUGAUCAGAACAGAACUGAUCAAUACAUCCAGGCCCUGAGGACGGUGCUUAAGCCGGACAGUAUCUGCCUGUGCAUCAGUGAUGGCAGUCUGCUCUCCAUACUGGCCCAUCACCUUGGGGCAGAGCAGGUAUUUACGAUAGAGAAUUCAGCAGCUUCUCAUAGACUGAUGAAAAAAAUCUUCAAGGCUAACCACUUGGAAGAUAAAAUUAAUAUAAUAGAGAAACGGCCUGAAUUAUUAACACCUGCAGACUUGGAGGGUAAAAAGGUUUCUCUCCUCCUGGGUGAGCCGUUCUUCACCACCAGCCUGCUUCCGUGGCACAACCUGUACUUCUGGUAUGUACGGUCUGCUGUGGACAGGCACCUGGCGCCUGGCGCUGUGGUGAUGCCCCAGGCUGCCUCGCUGCACAUGAUGGUCGUGGAGUUCAGGGACCUGUGGAGGAUCCGGAGCCCCUGUGGUGACUGUGAAGGCUUCAAUGUGCACAUCAUGGAUGAUAUGAUUAAGCACGCCCUCGACUUCAGGGAGAGCAAGGAGGCCGAGCCCCACCCACUGUGGGAGUACCCGUGCCGCAGCCGCUCCGAGCCCCAGCAGAUCCUGACCUUUGAUUUUCGGCAGCCGGUCCCCCUGCAGCCUGUCUGUGCUGAGGGUGCCAUCGAGCUGAAGAGGCCUGGGAGGAGCCACGGAGCCGUCCUGUGGAUGGAAUACCACCUGACCCCAGACAGCACGGUCAGCACCGGCCUCCUGAAACCUGCGGAGGACAAGGGGUACUGUUGCUGGAACCCCCACUGCAAGCAGGCUGUGUACUUCUUCAACACCACACUAGACCCCAGAGUGCCACCAGGUGGCCCCCAGACCAUCACCUACACCGUGGAGUUCCACCCCCACACUGGAGAUGUCACUGUGGAUUUCACCCUCUCAGAUGCCCUGGACCGUGGGUGCUGACCCUCACUUGUUGAGAAAUAAAGUGGCUGAGGGUGCCAGGCUCUGAAUGGUGUGGCUUUCUGUGAAGGAAGGUGAAGGCGCCUCUCCUUUCAGGGCCCGGCUCGGCCUCUGGGCUUGGAGGAGACCUCUUCCCUUUUUGUGUUUUUGCUCUGUGGCUCCUUGCUCCAGAUGUGGUGGGAAGCGGGGAUGGCUUUGGAGCUGAGGAGGGGCCAAGGAGCCCACCCUGCAGUGGUUAUGAAGUGCUCAGAAAGCUCCAAGGCUACAGCGUCCCUCCUACCCAACCAGGGAGCGGAGCCAGAGUUGACUGGGCUGGGCAGCUUGGGCUGCUCUUGGCUAUGCAGUGCUGGGGUGGGCAUGCUGCUCUCGUGGGAGCUGGCCUAGCCUGGCCUGCACUGGGGACCUUUGAGUCCCACCUGCCUGCUUCAGCUAGGAGGGGCUUCUGGGGGCAGAGUCGCAGACUUAUGGCUGGGCCCGAGGCCUUGAAGACCCUGGCAGGGCCAGGCCAAAGACCGAGUUCAGACCCUUUCACUUGCUAAGUAGUGGCACCAGUCCACAUUUGUAAGGGUCUGGCCUCCAUGUGCAGCACCAGCAGGUGACCAAGACCAGCACCUAGACACCAAGCUGCUUUUCAGAGGAUAGGGAGGAGGCUGUCCCAAAGCAGUUCCUCAGAGGCAGACCCAGGAAACCAGCCAUCAGAAGGGAGCCAGGAGGUACGGCCCUUUCCCGUGUGCCCCCCUUUUAGCAGAAGGACCUCGUCCCCUAGAAGUCUGGGGCAGAUGGGUAUGAGUGCAGUCACCCCGACGUUGCCUU